UACUAUAUAUAUAUAUGUAGUAUAGAUAUAAUCAACAUUAAAAUAAUAUAAGAUAAUGUUUCUAUUUCAGUAAAAGUUCAGAUCAAUUUUGUUACAAUACACACGUAUUUUUGGUAAGUGCAAAAAGAAAAUCUGAAAUCAAAUAUCAUUGUAUUAAAUAUUCACGAAUGCAAUUACGAAGUCUUCAAAAUUACCACCGAAUAGUUGCUCGAUACAUGAAUAUAACUUGUUUAAUCCAGUCCCGAAUAAAAUAAAGAUAAUAAUUAUAAUAGAACGAUAAUAUGUUGCACGAGAAAAUUUCAGAAAAUACCCCGUCGUUGUGAAUAUUUCCUCAGACCUUAUCUUAUCUCACGAAUUGACACGGUGUCUAGUCGGAGCUUUCUGCCGUUCCGUCCAGUUUUCUUUCGAGGCUUGUGCCCAGCCUAACGCAUCGCGUCAAAUCGUGCACAUGCUUUCAAAUUACAAUUUCGAAUAAUUCAUUACUAUCACAAACAGUGUUUCGAUUUGUGCCUUCAUUCCGAAAUAUAUAGUCGCGAAUUCCAUCAUCCCGAUAACUUUUCGUUAAGAAGAGUACGUGACUGUUUGUUCGUCCGACUGAAGCUCUCAAUGUUAUGCCUGUUUCUCAAUAAAUCAUAAGUAAUAUUAUUAUAAAUAAUUUCCAUUUAUUCAUCAAUCCUUCUUUAUUUUAUAAUUAUACUAUAUUUUCAAAUAAUAUCAAUAUUACCAUAUUAAUAUUAACAUUGAUAUAUCUUCAAAUUCAUCGUAAUAGAUUUCUCUUUGGUAUGCUCAAUUACUUGUACGAAUUGGUAAGUUUCGUAGCACGAAUAACGAGCAUAUUCAAAGAUUCAUCAUUGGUAAAGACGCGGUGCGUCUCGAUAUUUCAUGUCUUUAUUUCGCCAAACAGUAAAACAACGCUAGCAAUGGAAGAAAUUUGGCAGGAAAACAUUAUUGCUCGGUACCCUGCAGCCGAAAGGACCUUUGCUCGAGCAGGAAGGAUGGGGAGACUUAUAGCUACCACACUUCGCAAGGGUAACAGUCCCGGAUACAUGUACCAGACUAAAAAUUCUGACUAAUUAGUCUUGCACUUACUGUUGUAGCAAUAACGUUACUGUCAGCGGACAAACCUAAAAUCGUAACGCGUAAAUUAAAUAGAAAGAUGUCGAGAAAAUCUGUUGCACGUAGGAAAAGGAAAGUGUGCUCCAAGCAGAAGAAGAAGACGACAGAUCGGAGGAUGGAAUAUGCUGUCAUCCACGAAUGUCAGGAUCGAUCAUACGCGAACAAAGAAUAUACAACUACUCGGGAGGAGAAGAUGUGGGAUCCGAAAGUGGAUGUGGAGGGAUGGAUCUUCGGCUAUUCUCUGGCAGCCCGAGCUGUUUUAACACUCAAGCAGCAAUAUGAAGGCAUUCCAAACAUAAAAGCAAUAGAAAACUCGUGUUCUGGUGUUGCGGAACAAUACAUCUCGGAUGUUCUUCACGAGUCCAACUAUGAACCGCACGAUGCGCUGCGAAUGAUAUUUAUGAAAGAUAUGCCACAGAAAAUUAUUGACAAAUGGAAGCCAGAGGAGAUGAAACUCUUCACGAGCGGAAUCAUGAAAUACGGAAAAAGAUUUUCAAUCAUUAGAAGGAAGAUGCUUCCGCAUAAACGAGUGGAAGAUUUCGCGAACUUUUACUACGUAUGGAAACGAAGUAGUAUGGCAGCAGAUUGGAGAGAGUCCCGUAUGGAAAUUAAAGCCGAAAAACUUAAGAUGAAGGAAGAACAGGAGAAACGUUGGAAUAACGAACGUGUUAGUAAUCUGUCGAAGAACGAACUUUCGUCAAAUCUUUCAAGUACCAGAAUUAUGACGCGCAGCGCGACUGCUGCCGCGAAACUCGCUCUCCAGAAUAGCGAGGGAGAUGAGGACAGUAAGUCGUCUAGAUCGACAAGUCCAUCGGAGAAGAACGGUGAAACAUCGAGUACAGCAGAGUCCACAGAUUCUUCGACAGAAUACGUCCAAAAAAGAGAAAAUGUAUUACCCGAAACUGCUACCUCGGAAAAUUCUCCGAUGAGAAACGAGCAAAUUGCGCAUAACUCUAUGAAAUGUCCACGACAAAGAUAUAAAAGGAAAUGGUCAAUUCCACGCAAGAUCGUUAACUUCGAAGAAAAGUUUCUGAAUGAAAUCGAGGAGAUCAAGUGCGUCCCAGCACCCAUUAUACCGCAAUGGAAAAGACAACGAAGAUCCAAAAACACGUUGUUUAAUAAUACUCGAGCGAUUUAUCAGCGUGAUUUGCGACUCCUAAUGUAAAUAGUCCCAGUUAGAUCUUGAUGAACUUUUGUGUCAUUUUAUUAGACACAAUUAACGAGCAAAAUAGUUAGAACAUAAUAUCAUUGUAUGUUUUUCACGAAUUUUGAGAAAUACUCAAACAUUUUGGGAAUUGAAGAAGAAGCGGUCAGUUGAAGGUAGUUCCCUAGUAGUCGAUUUAUAUAGCUGCGCAUUAUUGCCACAAUUAAGCAAUAUUUUGUAUAUGUUUUGGAUCUCAUAACUUAGUAUGUAAACUUUUUCAUUUAGAUAUUUCUCUUGACGUGCAAUACAAAGCUACCUGUAAGCAACAUCGGAAUGUGAUAUUGUUAGAAUUUUUGUUCAUGUUUACAGCAUAUGAUGGCCAAUAAAUUGCUGAUGAAAGGACGAAAGUAACUACUGCAUUUUUAAAUAUUCCACUUUUAUUCCAUACGAUCGGUGUCAUUAAAUAAAAUUCUUCGUAAUUAGGUGCUAGCACACAGUAAGAAUGUAACGGCGAGAUUUUCUUGAGACGAGACGCUGCAUGGUGUGAACAUGGUGUA